CUGAGCAGACUAGCCAAGUAUGCCUGAUAUAGGGUCUCACUCUUGCCGAACGGAUCCUGUAUGUGCGACUUGGGCUUAAGUUGUGCAGAAAUGAACGUUUGAUGUUCAUUGCUUGCACCAACACGGGAACAGCAAUUGACUAUUUUUGCAAGAUCCUUCAAGACUCGAAUAAACGCGUUCCGAAAUAAUUUCUCUUCCGUCUUUUCAGGAGCUCCUCUCACGGCAGUUUAGUGUAAGGACAUAUCUUUCAUUCUCUCUUCUUUUGUAACAUCGAGUCAUUGCGGUUUUGACAGCGCAUUUGACACAGAACAUCGUUGUCAUGGACUGUCAUCUACACGGAUAUUAUAUCCUGAUUCACAUCGAAGGAUUUUCGCAGCAGAAAAAGUGGGCGUUUUACUAACCACAUAUUGAUGGGUCAUAUUACUGGCAUUGGACAGGAGUAAGUUUACACUUGCCAUUAUAUUCACAGACAGGCUACAUUUUACUCCACUGAAAACAGGUAUUUUUGUUAAUUGCAUCUAAAAAUCAUUUGCCUGUGCUUCACAGAGAUGGUGCCCAUGAAAAUGGACAAAUUUUAACUCGUACGCUGUGCCUGCGCUUUUGGUUAUCCGAGUCGUAAUCUGUCAUGGCUAACGAGGAGCCUUACGAUAACCGCAACAUUGUGGAAAAGUACAUCUAUUAUAAACUGAUCAAGAAGGGAAUUUCGUGGGAAUUCCAUGCUAUAGAAGAAACAGACGCAUCCACUAACGGGCUCAAGGACAGACCUACUUUGGUGACACGGCGGUGCCAAGCAAUAUCGGCUGAGAGGGAUGGCGCUUCACGAGUCCCAUCCUCCGACCCUGACACCGCACUUCACCGAGUUCUACGCGAGGCUGGGGAUGAGCUCGAAAGACUGUAUCAACCCGACUUUGCAGAGAUGUCUUUGCAGCUGCAUCUCACAUCCACCACUGCGCAACGAAGGUUCACCGCAGUGGUUGACGAGUUGUUUAGGGAUGGGGUCAAUUGGGGUCGCAUAAUUGCGUUUUUUGAAUUCGGAGGGACAGUAUGCGUGGAGUGCGUCAACAAGGAGAUGACUGCUCAAGUGGACAACAUUGCAGGCUGGAUGACCGAGUACCUCAAUGGACCGCUACAAGAUUGGAUCCGGGAGAAUGGAGGUUGGGAGGCGUUUGUGGAGUUGUACGGUCAACAAAAGGACAGUGUGUUCCGGAGCUCGUGGCCCUCCAUAGUAACCAUCUUUGGCCUGGCUGCCCUCGGUGCUAUGGGCCUGACUCUUGGGGCAUACCUGGUUCAGAAAUGAAGGAUAUUGUUUUUUUAAUUAUUCUUCCUUCUCUCUCUCUCCCUGUCCCCGUCUCUCUCACUCUGCCCCUCUCCCUCUAUUUUCUGCUGUUUCUCACUGUCACUCUCUCUUUGAGUUUCUCUCUUUCACAAGACACACUUUGUUCCGAAGGAGACAGACGUUUCCCUCUCCUCCUCCAACCUGUCUCUGUUCAAAGCAUCCCACCGCGCUCUCAACAAAAAUCUCCCUCUUCUCCCCUCCCCCAGUUUCCCUGAUUUUCAAAACAAAGACAGAAAGAAACAGUGCGAGACCAAAAACACACCAAGAGAGGAAGCCCCUGCCCACACAUCAAGAAGGAAUACGAAACGGAUACCAAAGACUGUUUUCGGUCCCAAUUACUGGCUGAUGCGGAGGUUCGGAGAGGAGGUCACGCCAACUGGGAAGCAGCCUGGCAGUGAUGGACCACUACGCUGUUGCUCUUAACCCCUUAGAGCUCUGUGUAGCUGCCUGGCCUUUGUCCAUGUGUACUACAGUGCAAUGUGCAGUAGCUGCAGGG